GAGAGAGAAAACGAGACCUCGGUGCUCUCAGGCCGAAGCACGACCCGACCGAGGAAACCCAGCCAGAACGCCGACCUCCGGCCACCCCACGGCGGCGCACAGCCAUCAUUCUCUUCGUCUCGAUGUCGUCUACCCUCCGGUGGUCUCUGAUCAUCCAUGCAUCGAUCGUAGACGGAGAAUUGACGACUGGAAGCUUUGUGUCUUCUCCGGCGAGUUCUGCAAUUCCCGGCGACUCCGACCACCUUCUGAGCUACUUGUGUUUCUGGGUUGGUUUCGGGUUCGAUGUCGUGGAUGCCGCCGACGACUGCUCCAACGCUUCUGGGCUUGGUUUCAGUCGUCACUACACUUGCAGAGGAGAAAUUGUGAAGCUUGCUGCGUCGUUUGCAUCGAAACUCACUAGUUCAUCAUCGGCCAGUUUCGACAGUAAGAGUGUAAAACUGAGCUCGAUUCAAGUAGUUCUUGAAGUUUGGUUGAGUGUGGUGAUUUUGGUUUGAUACGUUGAAAUUGGAGUUUGGUUAUUGUCAUGCAAAUCCGAAGUUAGUAGCUUGAGUUGAUAAUCUGUUAUGGUGGCCUUGAAAUGGACAUUUGGUUGGUUGAAUGUUGUAUAAGCUUGAUUGCGUGUGCAGCAUGGACUGUGUGUCGAUUUGAAUGGACUGUGAUUAUAAAGAUUGUAUUGUGGCAGUGUGUCAAAUGGUGUUCUUGUUAAAUCUGUGUUCAAGGCCAGUUCAAGUAUCAUUGCUAAAAUUGGAAUUAUGAUGUGGAAAAUGGCCUAAAAUAAUAUUGGGUGUCCAUAGUAACUUCCGACGAAUUACUAUGUGACGAAAUUGUUAAGGAUACUCGAAUUCAUUUGUUCAUGAAGUUGGGAAUUUGUUAUAACAUUGGUUUGCAU